AUGAAGUGGUCCAUGCUAGGCAGAAUUACAGCGCAGACAUUUAACUUCGACCAGACUUUCUAUCCUUAUAGAAAGAACGAUUUCGCCUUAAAUUUUUUUCAAGACUCUUGCGUGCAGAACAACUUGAAGAUGAUAGAUUUCCAUGGAUUGUGGAGACCUCUGGACAGAGACAUUAUGCAUGUUGACACAGAAUCUGUUCCGUGCACCAAAGUGUCAACUGAGAUCUUUGAUCCGAUUUUCAAACAUGGAAUCAUUCAUUCCUCUGGUCGCAUAGUCAAAUGCUACCACGACUUUUAUGCAGACUUCGACGAGUUGAGAAAAAUGCUGCUUGAAGAGGACUCUGAGAACUUCAAUGUGAUCCCGUCGGAGGAUCGUCAGGAGUUUCUGUUCAGACUGUUUAAGCAUAUUUGUGUGGGUGGUGAACUAAACCAGUAUGAGGAUGUUAUCAGCCCUUACAUAAAAACGGCUAAAAAAAUGUAUAAAGACUUGGUGAGUGUGCAGAAAGAUCCAGAGACCAAAGAAAUGAAGGUCGUCUCAACAGUCAUGAAAGUCUUGGCUUAUGACAAGACUGGGGUCUGUUAUCCAUCUGAACAAAAUGAGGAACAGUCGUUUGCCUACCUGUGUGUUGACCCUUUGAAAAGACAUGUGCAUGUUCUGUACCACUCCUAUGGACUAGGACUGUCCUCACACACCACAGCUCUGUCUUCAUGA